CGGCUGCUCUAAGCCCUUCUCUGCUGCACCAUCUCCUCACAGCCGACCUCGAGACGUUGGGGCUUCCGCAGCAGCAGCUGCUGCAACAGCAGCAGCAGCAGCAGCAGCAGCAGCAGCAGCAGCAUAUGCUGCCAUUGCUUGGAGUUGUUGCUGCUGCUGUUGCUUUAAAAGCAGCAGUUGUUUCAGAAGAUAAAGAAGAUAAACAUAUCCGCAGUGUGCUCAACUUAGGGCAUACAAUUGGGCAUGCAAUCGAAACUUAUCCGGGGGUAGACUGGACUCACGGGGAGUGCGUGGCGGCGGGUUGUGUGUUGGAGGCUGGGGUGUAUAGGCAGCUCGGGGUUUGUAAUUUACUUCCUUUCUUCUUGCUGCAGCAAUGCAUGCGCCGCUAUAAGCUCCCAGUUGCUCUCCCUCAGCUGCUGCAGCAGCAGCUGCAGCAGCAGCAGCAGAUACUCCUGCAGCAGCAGCAGCAGCAGCAGGGUGGGCUGCAGCUGCAACAGCAUUCGCAGCAGCAGCAUUCGCCGCAACAUGCGCUGCAGCAGCAUUCGCAACAGCAACAGCAACAGCAACAGCACCAACAUCAUCAGCAGCAGCAGCAGCAGCAGGAUGUGCUGCAGCAGCUGCUGCAGCGCAUGCAGCGAGAUAAGAAGAAUAGAGGAGGACAUAUACGAAUGGUUGUAUUGAAAGCAAUUGGUCGCUGCACUUCAUCGUUGUCUGCUGUUUCUCUUGCAUGCAUUCAUCAAUACUUUUCUCCUGCUAUUAAACUGCUCGUUCCGUGCUGCUGCACAAAUCCAGCAGCAGCAGCAGCAGCAGCAGCAGGAGCAGGAGCAACAGCAGCAGCAGCAAGGAGAAAGACAUGCUGCGUUCAACCGAUCUGCGGUGAAGUAUGCGUACCAGGCUCGAAGUCUGUUGCAAAUCGAGUGCUGCUUCUCGCUUCUAUUUGGGCUGCCUUCGGCAACGGCAGCAGCAGCAGCAGCAGCAGCAACGGGAGCAACAGCAGCAGCAGCAGCAGCAGCAGCAGGAGGCGUGCAGUGCUGCAUCAUCUACCUUGCUGCAGCGACACUGUAGCAAUGGCUGUCGCGCUGCAGCAGCUGCAGUUUGUAGAUAUUAAAUUAAUAGAAGAGUCGAACCCUCAGACGUUUACAGCGGAGAUACAACAGAAAGCGAAAACAGCAGCAGAUCCAUUUGCUGCCUUUGUAACACCUGUAAGCUAUCAAGCAGCAGCAGCAGCAGCAGCAGCAGCAGCAGCAGCAACAGCAGCAACAGGAACAGCAGCAACAGGAACAGCAGCAACAGGAACAGCAGCAACAGGAACAGCAGCAACAGCAGAAACACCAGCAGGAGAAAUAGCAACAGCAGAAAAGGCAGCAGCAGAUGGCUGCUGCCUGUCUCUUUACUGCAGCAGCAGCGGCACAACCAGCCGCUUUCUGCUGCCUCUCUGUCUCUUUCUGCUCCUAGAAGGAGCCUUUACAUGGGCUUGGAAUACUAUUAAACAAGAAGCAGCAGCAGCAGCAACAGCAGCAACAGCAGCAGCAGCAGCAGUAGCAGAAGCAGCAGUAGCAGAAGCAGCAGCAGCAGAAGCAGCAGCAGCAGAAGCAGCAGCAGCAGCAACAACAACAGCUCCUCCUGUCUUUCAAGUGCUGCUAGACGGAGACCCUCAGCUGCAGGGGCGCCCUAUAGACGAUUUGAUAGCAGCAGCAAAGCAGCUAAUUUGCGGCGUUUGUAUUUCUUCGCUCUCUUCUGCUGCAUUAAAAGAGGAGAGAGAGCAGCAGAAAGAAACACAAACGCAGCAGCAGCAGCAGCAGCAGAAGCAGCAGCAGCAGCAGAAGCAAUCCCUGCCACUGCUGCUUUCCGUUGAACAGCCGCUGCUGCUGCUGCAGCUGCUGCGAGAGGAGCUGCAGAAAGACCUGGGGUGCAGCAGCAGCAACAGCAGCAGCAGCAACAACAACAACAACAACAGCAGCAGCAGCAGGAAGGGGUUUAUGGUGUUUGCUUCAGAUUCAGAAGAAGCAGCAAUGAAGCAGCGCUUGUUCGUACGUUUGCUGCAGCAGCACUUUUGCUGCUGCUCUGCUUUGCAUGUUAGUAACAGCAUCAGCAGUCAGUUUGCUUCGGCUGUGUUGAUGUCUGCUCCGCUUGCUGCUUCUUCUCUUCGCUUGUCUCUUACAAGGAAAAGACCCAGCAGCAGCAGCAGCAGCAGCAGCAGCAACGGCUUUAACAGCAGCAGCAGCAGCAGCAACGGCAUUAACAGCAGCAGCAGCAGCAGCAACGGCAUUAACAGCAGCAACAGCAGCAACAGCAGCAGCAGCAAAGAGGUUCCAGUAGAGAGAGAAGAAGAAGUUUUGUCGCUUCCUUACUUAAAAAUGACUCAGCAGCUAAUGCAGCACUGGGGCUUCAGCUGUACAUACACCUGCCCUCCCUCCUUUACUGUAACUUCGCUGUGGGGCCAGCAGCAGCAGCAGCAGCAGCAGCAGCUGGAGCAACAGCAGCAACAGCAGCAGCAGCUACAGCUACAGCAAACGCAGAAACAUGAGCAGCAGCUACAGCUGCAGAAAAUGCAGGAACAAGAGCAGCAGCAGCAGCAGCAGCAGCAAAAGCAACAACAACAACAGCAACAGCAAGAGCAACAGCAGCAGCAACAGCAGCAGCAGCAGCAGCUGACUCGGCACUUCUACGUUGAAGGAGAUUCUUCUGCUGCUUCUUACUUCUUUGGUUUUGCUGCAGUUAGUGGCGGCACAGUAAAAGUAAACAUCGACAGCUCUGCUGAUUCAGAAGACAUUAUAUUUAAAGGUGUAUCUGGGGGCGCCCAAACAUUCACAAAAAAUAUAUUUAUUGAUAUGAUGUCUAUGAGCGAUUGCCUGAUGACUUUAGCUGCUGUUGUUGCUGCAGUUAUUACACUUCCUAAUCCAUGUUUCACACCUGCUGCAGCUGCUGCUGCAGCAGCUGCUCCUGAUGGCCCUGCUGAUGCUGCUGCAGCAGCAGCAGCAGCAGCAGCAGCAGCAGACAGCUAUGUGCUGCGAUGCAGCGAUGAGGAGCUGCAAAAGCUGCAGGCGCAGCUGCUGCGAGACCUUGAGACAAUCAAAAAACUUUCUCCUAAGAGCAGCAGCAGAAGCAGCAGCAGCAGCAGCAGCAGCAGCAGCAGCAGCAGGAGUAUGUGGGGCGAAGAUCAGCCUGCGUUUAGCUGCUGCUAUACUGCAGCAGCAGCAGAAAGCUCUUGGAGAUUUGUUUGUAUGUACGGUGUAGCAAAUGUAAAAUAUAAAGAAAGCAGCAGAGCUGCAGCAGCAGCAGCAGAAUUAAUUAAAAGUAAUUACACCGCAUGGGUAGGCGACGACUUUCUCGCUAUUGCUGUACCCCCUCCUAAACUACUCGAACGCAUGCAGCAGCAGCAGCAACAGGUGCUGCAGCAGCAAGAGCAACAGCACCAAGACAGGAACAGCAAUAGCAGCAGCAACGGCACCAGCAGCAGCAGCAGCAGCAACGGCAUCAGCAGCAGCAGCAUCAUCAUCAGCAGCAGCAACAGCAGCAGCAGCAACAUCAGCAGCAACAGCAGCAGCAGCAGCAGCAGGAAUGCAAGUGUGAUUUGUUUGGAUUCAUACGGAGACCAUCGGCUGGCGAUGUCUUGGGCUGUACUCGCAAUUAGAAGAAAAGAUAUUUUUGUUAAAGACUGGCAGUGUGUAGAGAAGACGCUCCCUGGCUUUUGGCUUGAAGCAGAAAAUAAGCUGCAGCUUAACUCUGUCUUCUUAUCAAACAGCAGCAGCAGCAGCAGCAGCAGCAGCAGCAGCAGCAGCAGCAGCAGUAUAAGCAGCAGCAGCAGCAACAGCAGCAGCAGCAACGGAAGCAGUUGGAGCAGCAGCAACAGCAGUGACAGCAGAAACAACGGCAGCAGCAAGAGGAGGAGGUGCAGCAGCAGCAGCAACAGCAGCACCAACAAGAAGCAGCAAGAACAGCAACAGAAGCAGCAGUAA